AUGGUAUACAAAACGUUUGUCGGAGAAGCAAGCAUUGAUUCGCCACGUGAUCUCACACAAGUUAAACAUUAUCGUCAAAAGUUUUUGCAACAAAAACGUAUCACAAAUGAUGAAUUAUUAAAUCUCAUUAUAUUAUCAAAUGAAUUGAAAGAUUACAUCCGAACAUACCAGAUUCAACCACAAUUAAUUGUAGUGUUAAUGCACGCCGUCGGUGAAAAUUUAUUUGGCCAGUUAUUGGAAUUAACCACAAAGCCGGUGCCACUGUACUACGACACAACUUUUAAUAUUGGCGACUACUACGUGUCUAUUUUAACUUAUUCAAAUGUUCUGUUUAUUGAAGAGCCCGUAAUUCCAUUGUGUGUGUUGAUCCACGACACGAAAGAGGAAGAAGCUCAUGAUGAACUUGUGAAAAAACUAAAGAAAUACAAAAAAAUUGAACAAAAUUGUAUUUUGAUCACUGUAAGUUAUUGGAUCAUUACAUGA